GCUUAUCGUCGGUUCAAAUAGUUUACUUGUCCAAACAUCAUACAUCGAAACAUCCAACAUCCAAACAUCCAACAUCUCUAAAGACAAUACAAGAAAAUACAAGUCAGACCUUUCAUUUGACCACAGCUCCAACCAUCAUACAUCAUUACCCACACAAUGGCGACCCUCUCACAAGAGUGGGAAUCCUUCAAGACACCUCCCACCAAGGAGCUGUCGCCCAUCCCCAAGGCCGGCGAAAAGGCGCCCGUGCAUCCCAGCCUCGAACUUCCCACCGACAAACCCACCAUCAUCGUCUUCUUGCGUCAUUGCGGCUGUCCCUUUGCCGAAAAGACCUUCAAGCGGCUGACCGCGCUCUCGACGCAGCACAAGGACGUGCACUUCAUCGCGGUAUCGCACUCGUCGCCCGAGGCCACGGAGCGCUGGGUGAUCGAGGUGGGGGGCAACUGGGAGGUGCAGGUGAUCGUGGACUACGAGCGCGAGCUGUACGCCCAGUGGGGGCUCGGCAUCUCCAACACCUGGCACGUCCUCAGCCCCCUCACGCUCUACAACACCUUCCGCCUCGGCAAGGACGAGAACAUCUGGAACCGCGCCACCGAGAGCGGCAACCGCUGGCAGAUCGGCGGCGCCUUCUCCCUCGACACCACGGGAACCGUCAAGUGGGCCAAGCCCGCCGCCUCCGCCGACGAGCUCCCCGACCUCGAGGCCGCGCUUAAGAGUCUCGGCAUCAAGCCCAAGCCCAAGCCCAAGCCUGAGCCGAGGACCGAUGGCUUUCUAUGAACGCUUUCCCUACCUUUGGCUCUUUUAUUUGGUUUUUCUUUUCCUUCCCUGCUUUGCAUAGAGUUAGAGUCAUGUUAUAGUAUAGCCGGCUUCUUGGCGUACAGGGGGGGUCAUUUGUUGUAUUUGAUGUUUUGGAGUGACUGCGGACGAGAUAGAAUGACGGGAUGAUUUGUUUACGGCUAAUGGUUAAUGAACAAUGAGGGGAGUGGUUCCCGUUUAUAUUACAUUUCAUAGAACGGCCUGUCAGCCACCAUUGUCAUGAUCAGAUCAGCCAUAGGAUCCCGCUCGGCUCUGAAAUUCAAAUUCUUGUAGGCGUAUGUACUUCUACGCUUACCUAUAUUUCGUAUACCUACCUACCUUGAGUAAAUUCUAUCAGUAGUGAAUGACUACUAUGUCUAGUCUCCUUUGAAGCCGCAUGAGCACGAGAUAUUUUCCGAGAGGGAUCCCUUAGUCAGCUGAUA